UCGCGUCGGCAUCUCUCGUUUCAUCCGUCGUCGAGUCCAGUGUCGUCCGAGUACUCGCCACUGCAACAAUACAUUUGCGCAAAAUUUCCAUCUGUUGUCUGCUGUAGUCGAGUGUCGCGAUUACGACGAUAUAGCGUCUCGUUUCGCGCGCGCUUUUCGCGCACCGCUCGAGUUUCGCGAGUGACUGCGACGAGUUUGCAACAGCCUAAACCGGCUUAACACUGAGCUUUUGGUUAUUUACCUUUUUUUUCUCGCACUCUCUCUCGGACGUCUUUAUUGUUGUUGUUGUUGUGAUACGUACACAUAUUGUGCUGGAAGAUAAGAGUAGAGGGUUACGGAGAAGAGACCUUCGAAUUUCUCAAUUAAGUGUUUUGCUGCCAAUACUAGGCCAGCACAUUCGGAGAAUAAAUCAGCGAGGGAGCGAGAUAGAGCGAGGUUCGCACGGAGAAGAGCUGCUUCUCCCUCACCCCUCCUUCUUUCCCUCCCCCUCAAUGAGUGUGUAACACAUCAAGCCAGAUAUGCGUGCUAUGUGCAAAGGGUCCGAUCGAUAAUACUCAGCAGCAGCACCAGCAGUAAGCAGCUGUAACUCUACACGUCUAUAAGAUAGCGGUAAGUCGGCUUACUCUCAACAGUAUUACGAGCAAAGCGAAGCUGCAAGAAACCGUAAAAUCUCGUUGAAUUUCUCUCAAAAUCAAGAGAAGCAUACAUAAGGCGAUGGGCUCGGAAAGGUUCAGCGCCAGUACAGAAGCAGCCACAGUCGGUAAAAGCUGGAACGGCCAGGGCAACAACACGAGGCAUCAAGCAGAGAGGCUGCUAUUCGGUCAAUCGCAAUUAGACGGCUUCACGGGCGAGGAAGCGCGAAGCGAGAGCAGCGUCAACGGCGGUGGCAAUUACACCGACCAGAUGUAGGCGCGCAACGGCCUCAGGUAUCCUGCUAGGGGAGGGGCCCACACACCUAAUACGCGCGUGGGCACCGACGACAAAGAACGUCUCGACUCGAGCCAAUCGCCCAGAGACGAACGAGAGAGAGAGAGAGAGAGAGAGAAGCCGACAGAGAGGACCAUAGACAGGAGAGAUCAUUAGAAAAAUUGCAGAGCCGGCGAGAGGAGAUUCGCGCAAUACGAUACCGUCUUGCUCGCGUGUGUGAGUGUGUGCCAGUCUUUAUGUGACAGACGCCGCCGCCUCACCACGACGUCCAGGAAACGGUUAAGCGUCGUCCUCCACCCCACGUGGCCUGCGCUAUUACCUGAUAAGAGCUGGAGAGGCGGCAGCAGCCGCAGCUGCCUCGGAGCUCUGAGGAGCUGGAGGAUUUGCAAAAGCUGCUACACUUCCCGGAGGAGGUGGCGCUCAGAUUGGCGGAGAGCGAGUACCAGCUGUUCAGUCAAGUGCCACCGGAGGAAUAUCUCCGUCACGUUUUGCAAGACCUAACAGCCGCUCAGCAGCGCCAGCAGCAGCAGCAGCAGCAGCAACAAAAAUACCGCGAGGAGAGCGAAGCCGAGCAGCAAAAUUUCGUUGGACCAAAUUUUACCCACAGUUCGACGCAGACUGAGGAUAAGGAUUGUUGGCCUACAUCCACGGCCUCCGUCACCGUUCAAAGCCUCAUUGAUCGUUUUUCCGACGUGAGCACAUGGGCGUGUAACGUUGUUUACCAUGGAACGACGACUGAAGAACGCCAAGCUCUGCUCUCGUGUCUGUUGAGAGUAGCUCAGACGUGUUGGAAUAUCGGCAACUUUAAUUCCGCUAUGGAAAUAAUUGCCGGUCUUAAAUCACAAAAAUUGAAAGGUUUCUGGACGUCUGUGAACGAAGGUAAUGUACCAGUAUUAGACUUUCUCUCUUCCGCUCUUCUGUCUUCCGAAUACGAUGUUGCCCUUGAACGAGCCCUGUCAAUGCCAGAAUGCCCCGUGGUGCCCUUCUUUGGAGCAUUCCUGCGAGAGCUCCGAGAAGUCAUCUCUCAUUCCUCGAAGCAAUCUUCCGAGAGCAGAGAAAAAGAGACUGCAACACUACGCCCUAGCGGCAGAGAGGGCCACAAGACCCUCGACAACGUGCCUUCGUCAGCCGCAACGCGAGAGCAGUCGGCCGAGUCUAUUUCGUCGUCGGUAGCGUCGUCCUCGGGCUUCGGGGAUAUCGGCGGCAGCGAGGCUCCGAUUUACCACUACACCCAACCGAGAUCACCGCCGCCGCCGUCGCGUCUCUCGAGCGCCGAGCAGCGACGUCGGCUCUUCGACCGCAGCGAGAGCCACGCGGAGCCGCCGCCACCGCCUUCGCCCAGGCACAAAUUCUGCGAGAACGAGGAAGCCAAUGCCGUUCUCAAUAAGGUGCAGAGCUUCCACGAGCACCGCCACGCCCGGGGACGAGACGCGGCGACCGGCUCGCUGCAUCGGACCCUCAGCGUUCACACGACGACCCUCGAGCCGACCUACGUGGCCGAGGAGUGCGACGAGAACGACUACCAUCUGGAUCUCGACUCGUAUCGGCCCGUAGGCGCCCUCAAGCACGACCAUGGCGUCUCCCUGUUCCCCGUGGCGGCCCCGAACAGCGGCAUGGACCUGCACCUGCUGCAGCUGCUGCACCACGGCACGACGAUGGUGCACUGGGAGUGCGACGGCACCAACUCCCGCACCGCCCUGGUGUACGCGCGCAUCGACCGAGCCUGCGGCACCUUCUACUGGGACAAGACGAGCUGGAGCGCCCUCAAGACCAAUCCGGCGAGCAACACCAUGGUGACCACCAGCACGGGUGUCCAGCAGCCGAGUCAGGUCAUCGACUUCAACCUGUACGUCAACGCCGAGGACUACGUGUCCGAGUACUUGACUCAGCGCUACGCGCCCCAGACGCAGGACUGCGCCUCGGUCGGCCUCGAGGACGGCUACAUCGACAUGUCCUGCGUGAAGGAGGUCAUGAUCGGCUGCUGCGAUCGCGACCGUGAUCAAGAGCUGCGAGCCAUCUGCAAGAGGUACGGACUACCCGGCUCCGACUCGUGCAUCGGCCUCAUGUUCGGAGCCAAUCUCUCCGAGAAUCGCCUCAUUUUCCUCUUCUGUCCUCCGGCCCUCAGCAAAAUCUGGUACAUGGGUCUCUGCUGGAUACUCCGAGGCCUGAAGCGUCAGCAGCAACUGACCGAUCGACGCUCGCGCUGGCUCAAAGAAAAGUACCUGCACCUGUUUUACGAGGACAACUGCAGCGAGCCCAUGACGGCCGACGCCAUCAGGGAGUUCGGGGGUCGGGACUGGUCGGCAACCGAGAGCGUGAGCACCCUGUCGCCCACCGGCAGCGCCGCAGCGGCCAUACGCAAACGCAACGCCAAGAGCAAAAAGACCAAAUCCAUCACGAAUAUUCAUGCGCUGACCAAGGACUUGAGCUUUAAGCAAUACGACGCCACUUCGUCGGAUAGCGUAUUGGCGCAUCCGCGUCACAAUAUUCAAGGCAGCAGGGAGUCUUUGACGAAAAUCAUGCCAGCCUCGCCUCGCAGCACUGCGAAGGAGUACCUGCAGCGGGGCGCCGCCCCACGAAGUCCACCGGGCUCCGAUCGAGUUGUCAGUUUACCAUACGCGAGCCUUCAAAGCCUAUUAUGCCUCACGAGGGACAAAGAUAAAAAUGGCCCAAACAGUAGUGGCAGCGGCGGCGCAUUCGGCAGCCUGUCCGGCGGCGGUGGCAUCGACGCGCCCUGGCCGGUGAAGGCGCGAGCGACCUCCAUCAUGUACGAGACCCAGCUGAAUUUCGUCGAGUUCGUCGCCCUGUUUCGCUCCUUCAGUCUUCGCGCGCGCAAAGAUCUGCGAGAGCUGUUCGGCCAGCUGGCCAUCACGUGCCGAAGCCAGAGCGACGGAUCGCUGCGCGGAUUCAACAGCCUCAGGCCGUCGAUGCUGAGGCAGGCCAGUGACGCAACACCACAACGAAUCGGUCUAUUAACCCGUAACAACUCCAUUGACUGUCACGAGUACGGAAGCGACAGCAAUUUUCACAAAAAGCAGAUAUUCGACGCCAUCGCCAACUCCAGCAUCGUAAAUAAUUGCUCGGGCGUUGAUACCUCGAAAUCCCAGGUGAUAACGCUCGCCACUUUCACGAAAUUUCUCGAGUCACGUCAGCAAGAAAAGCUCACCGACGAUCAAAUAAAAGCUCUCAUCAAGAGACACGAGCCCGAUCCAUCAUUGCGCACCCAGUGGUGUUUGUCGUUCGAGGGCUUCGCUCGCUACAUGAUGGACAAGGACAAUUACGCCUUCGCCAACGAGUACGCUCUGCCGGACGAGACGGAGAUGCAGCAGCCCAUGUCGCACUACUACAUCGCCAGCUCGCACAAUACUUAUCUGACCGGCCACCAGCUCAAGGGCGAGUCCUCGGUUCAGCUCUAUUCUCAGGUUUUGUUGACUGGCUGCCGCUGCGUCGAGUUGGACUGUUACGACGGCGACGAUGGCUCCCCUCUGAUCUAUCACGGACACACUUUUACCACGAAAAUCCCUUUUCGCUCGGUCGUCGAAGCGAUCGACAGAAGCGCUUUUGUCAGCUCGCCCUACCCCGUGAUACUUUCGAUCGAGAAUCACUGCUCGCUGGCUCAGCAGGCGAGGAUGGCGCAGAUAUUUCAGUCGGUGUUUGGCGAUAAACUCGUGUCGAAAUUUCUCACGGAUUCGGAUUUUGACGAUCCGCAACUGCCGUCACCGUCGCAGCUGCGCUAUCGCAUUCUCAUAAAGAACAAAAAGCUCGUCGUCGAUCCGACGGGGCCGAUCGUGCCGGUGCCACCUCUCUCCAUGGCGCAUCGAGGCAAAAUUCCAAUAUCCGAGCGGGCGUCGUCGAUGAAACAAAUGCGCACCGAGAUAAGCAGCACCUCGGUUCCCGAGUACUACAGCGAGGACGAAGAUGACGAGGAUGACGAUUACGAGGAUGACAAUAUCGACGAUAAUUCGAUCUCCAGUUACGAGCGUUACCAAAUGUCAAGCAAUCAGCAGCACGCCCGUGCGCGAGGCGGCGGCGAUACGUGCGCAGUCGACGAUAAAGCACUAAAGCAGAGCAGCCAAAUAGCCAAAGAGCUCUCGGACCUGGUGAUUUAUUUGCAAGCGAUCAAAUUCCGCGGUCUGAACACUGCGCAGCCGGCGAGCGGCGCCAAGCCGAGGCAUCCGGCGCACACGGGUCAGGUGCAGCGCCACAGCAUAGCGGGCAUCGGCACCGGCGGCAUGACCUGCUCGUCCUCGGGCUCGCCUCAGAGUCUAUCGACGUCGACCUCCGUGGCCAGCGGCAGCAGCACCGUGGAAAACCCCUUCAGGUCUCAACGAGGAAUGCCGGCUUGUUUCCAAACGUCCUCGCUCAAUGAAAACGCGGCGAAAAAGAUCUGCAGAAAACAACCGACGAAUGUGCUCGCUCACGCGGAAACUCAAUUAAUAAGAACCUACCCGGCUGGAAUGAGAAUAGACUCGUCGAAUUUCAAUCCGGUGAUAUUCUGGGCGUUCGGUAUACAAAUGGUUGCGCUGAAUUACCAAACGGACGAUGCUGCUCUACAUUUGAAUGCGGCCAUGUUCGAGCAGAAUGGCCAAUGCGGCUACGUGCGGAAGCCGUCGGUCAUGUGGGACAGAACGCACAUGAUGUACAGACGUUUUAAUCCAUGGGUUAAGGAAUUCGACGGUUUGCACUCGGCUCAUUUAGCGCUAUCCAUAGUUUCCGGACAGUACGUGAAUCCGACCAAUGUGCUGGCCAGUACCUACGUAGAGGUGGAAUUGGUCGGUAUACAAGUGGACUGCGCGAAGCACAAGACCAAAGCCAUCCAAGGCAACGCUCUCAAUCCAAUAUGGAACGAAAAAUUCUGCUUUCAAGUCAUGUUCAAGGAUCUUGCAUUUUUGCGUUUCGCCAUCAUGGACGCGAACUCGCACCAUCCCAUAGCUCAGAGAGUCUUGCCGCUGAAAUGCUUGCGACCCGGUUAUCGACACGUGCGCUUGCGCUCGAUGAAGAACAAAUCGCUGGCGCUGUCGACGCUCUUCAUUUACUCGCGAAUGGAGGAGGAGAGCCUCGACUACAACACCUAUUGCCGCGAUCACAAAGAGACGUCGAAACGGGCCUCGUCCAGCAAGGAGGCGGAGAAGCUGACGGCCGUGGACCCGGGCCUCGGCGGCGUCACCCUCAAGCGCCGCAUGUUCUUCCUGAUGGUCUACCACGUCCUGCCGGAGGAGACUUACACCAUUCUCAAGGUCACUCAGGAGAGCACCACCAAAGACGUGAUGCUGCAGGCGCUGCAAAAAGCCAACAUAUCGGAGGACCGUUUGAACGAGUUCAUACUGGUUGAAGAGGUGCAGCAAGGCUGGGAGAAGCGCGAGCGGGAAGAUCUGCCGACCCAAAGGGUUCUCGAUCCAUCGGAGCACCCGUUGCAAGCUCAAGGCCAGUGGAAGGGUCAAGGCCGUUUCCUCAUGAAGCGAGUCGGACACGAUCCGAGCAGCAGGGCCUGGCUCUCCUCGAUCAGGAGCACGGCGACCUGUCGCUCGAAGCUCAGCGAGAACGGCUCGGGCAGCGAGCAGUCGUCGCACAUUUGGGCCGAGGCCGACACCUUCCUCGUCUGCGUGUACAACGUGUCGCCCCAGAUACCCUACACCAUACUCCGGCUGCCGGUCACCAGUGCCUCCCAGGACGUCGUGGCUCAGGCCCUCGUCAAGGCCCGUCGCAUGGAGGACCCGAAGAAAUUCGUUCUGAUGGAGGAGCUCGAGUGGGGAGGAGGUACGAACGUCUGGGGCAGUGGCAACCGACAGCGACGAGUCCUUGGAGACGAGGAGAACGUAUACACGACCCAGGCAUUUUGGAAGACUCUCGGCAGAUUCGUCAUGAAGGAAAGAGAGCCGGUAAUGCCGAAAAAGCACUUGCUACCGGCUACUCUCAAUAGAUUGAGCAAAGGAUUUUCCGUGGGUCGAUCGGUUUCUCUGCCUGGCUCGAGCCAAGCAAAACUACCCGUCGGUGAGGCGCUCUCGGAUCCGACGGUUAGAAACAGAAAUCGAUUCAUGAUGGCCAACAGAAGGAGAGAGGUGCAUUCGGAUGGCGAAGAAAUCCGCGAGUCCGAUCUGAUGAAUGCGGCGAUGCAGUUAAAAAAAAUAUCCAUUAGAAAAUUUCGUGCUUGGAAGUCAUAGUGGCAGUCGCGGGCGACGUCACUUUCCUCGUUAUUUACAUACCGGAGGAGCUAAGCACGAUUUCAAGAGGACAUUGACUUAGGAGGUCUUCUGCGUAGUUCAAAUUAUAUGCCAAUCUAAUUUUAAACUUUUGAUCUCAACAAUAAUUUUACGAGCGUGCGGUUAAUGGCUACAAAUCAAUAGAAAUUAGACAACAUAUAAUUUUAACUACGAUUAACUUUGAAAACAUCUCUCCAAACUCCUCUCAAAUCAAUAAAUAUCAAAUCAUGAGUUGAACGUCGCCCUCGUAAUUAAUGUAUAAGAAUAUACGAGUUUUCCGUCGAUUGUCGUCAUGAAGUGUGGUUUGUUGUUUUUUUAUAUAUUCUUAGAGAGCGAGCGAAAAUGGUGUCUUUGAUAGUAGAAUUACCAUUUUUAGCUGGCACCUAUAUGAUAAUAAGCACAUUUUUGGAGUGAUUCGCUGUUAUAAACUAUAUAUUUUACUGUGUAUUUUGCAUUAUUCUUAAUGAUGAAAGCUGUGAAAUAUUUUUGUUUCAAAUGAAGUCUAAUAUUCGUCGAUUUGUCUUUCUUCGUUGCUUUUUCUUUGCUCAGCCAAAACUAUAAAUAAGCAAUCGAUAUUUUCCUUAUUAAUUAUGAAAGAUAUAAACAAGACCCAUAACAAAAAAAAUUCAAGUCAUUAUUAAGGGGAUACCAAAGCCGUAACAAACGUAAAAAUAUUGAAUACGUUAUUCAGAGAUCUCUAUACUGAAUAUUUUUCCAAAAAGCUACAUGGAUGCCUUCAUUUUGUUGUUUUCUAGACAUUUUCGUAGCUUCUUAGAAUAAUGUUGCAGCAGAGAUCUCAAAAUUCGAAAGCUUUCGUUCUUAGCUUGGUGUUUGUAUCCUCUUAAAUUUUAACAAAGUAUCAUUUUGUCGCGAUUAAAUUGAUUCUAGUCUAUACACCAAAGAAAAAUGACCAAUUAUUGAUUAUCGACACUCAAAAGUCGUACAAAAAUGGCUUACAAUAGAAUAAAUAAUCUUAACAAAGAUUCAAAUUCAAGAAAUAAGAUACACAACCAAAACUCGAAUGUAUAACUGGUAUUGUGAAACAAAAUACAACCGCCUACGUAUGUUUUUAAUUAUAUUGAAAAAAUUCAUUUAAAACAAAAGAUGAUGAAACAAAUUGCACAGUUGAAUGAAAUAUGAAUUUUUUUACUGCCUUAGGGCUAUUUUCAUGUAAUAAAAGCAGUUUAAUAUUGUACAAGUUUUAACUGAUUCAUAGUGAACGAAAUAAUACGCUUGACAGUAACUUGUAAAUGACGUGUCCUUUUAAGUGGCUAUCAAUGAGAAAUUGAUAUAAAGCAAAUUUUUUUUAGUUGUAAAAAAUAUUCAAUGUCAAUUUUUAGUUUUCUAAUUAGUAAAUAAAUACUCAACUGACAUGUAUUUUUAAAAGUGAUUUGAUACGCGUUCUGAAUUUAUUAGAUCAUCAAAAUGUUUCAUGUCAAAUUUUUACGUACGUUUUUUUAUGCAAGACCAGAUAUUUUUUUAAUAUUGUACUAAAGAUCGCGAUUGCAUUAUUUUUCAUAUACAAAAAUAUAUUCAAAUCAAAUGGCACUAGAAAUAUUAAAAUGAGAUUCAUAUCUACAGACAAUUGUUAUACUUAUACAACAUUUAAUUAUUAAUCGCAAAUGCCAAGAAUACAUUUUGUAUUAUAUGAUAAAUGACAGCAUUCGCCCCAGUCUGAAAAAAGCUCUACAGUAUACACAAGGCACUAUUUGUUAUGCAUAGAUGACCUAGAGUAGUCAUGGUACUUGAAAAAAAUGCGCUCUUGCUUUCUCGCGCAAUGAUCGAUGUAAAGCAUAGUUAAACGCAAGGAAAAUAAUACACGUAAAAUAAUAAUGUUGAUAAUAAAAAUAAUGAAUUAUAAAAUUGAUCAAGAAAUAAUGAAAAAAGUAUAUACAGGUGUAAAGCACACCAACACGCUUUUGAAUUGAAAAUUCAAACAGUGUGCUAAUCUGAAUUUCCAGAAAAAAUGAUGCACGGGGUAAAAAUUUUAUUAUGUAUUAGCAAUUUCAAAAAAAUCUUUCGAUGAGUGCCAAUUGCGUUCACUUCCUAUUACAAAUGAUCAUCGAUCCCAUUAACAAGGUCUCCAAAAAUAACAAUUUUGCAAGUUCUGAUUAUUUCUCAUUAAAAAGCGAAGACGCAAUGCGAAACGAGUAACUUUGAAAUAGAAGCAAUAACCCCUAUUUUUGUGUCUCGUAAUUGGAGACUUUUAUUUUUCUACAACGAAACAACAAUAGUUAAGCUGCUUGUAUAACAAACUCUUAUUCGUAUUUAAUUAUUAUUCAAUAUCUAUAAAAAAACCUUACUUUUUAAGUUUUCUAAUGUUUAUGCGUGGUGUUGAUUUCAUAAAAAUUUUAAGUUUUAAAAAAAGAUUUACAUAUUUGAAUUUCCCGUCUUUCACAAUAGCCGUUAUGAAAGAUGGAAAAUGACCGUUGUUAUAAAUAUCAAAUUCAACAAAUAUAACGUUAAUAUUGACUAUUCGUAAAAUUUUCCUUUUUAUGAUUGAAAAAGUAUAUCGAAUGUAUGUUGAAAAAAUAAAAUGAACAAAAAUUGACAGUUCAAAUGGUAUGAUGUUAAAUUUUACUUAUUUAAAAGGAACUUAAAUCAAGAAUAAUGUCAGAAACAGCAUUGGAACUAUGUAUGAUUAGUUUAAUCUAAAAAAAGUGAAAAUUUAUAAUAAUUUAUGGAUGAUAAAGUAACAAAAUGAAAAUUUAUCAACUGGAGACCAUAAUCUGAGAUUAUUUGCGUUAGAUAAUCGUAAUCGUUAAAUUGCAAACGUAUGUUUUUUUUCUAAUAAAAUAAAUUUUCGUUUGAAACUGCUGUACAGUUCAUUGUAAACGCUCUCAUAUUAUCUUCACUCAUAUUCAAUAUCUGAAUGCAAGUAUCUAAUAAUUUGUAAAUACAUAUGACGAUAUUUAUAAAAUCUAUUUAUAAGUAUUGAAAAUAAAAGUUUUGAUACCUGCU